AUCAGAUAAGCUAGGAGGACUAAGUUCAGAAUCACGAGAAAACAUACUUCUCCUUCUUAAACAAUCCAACAAGCCAUGUUUCAUUUCAGGAGAAUAUUGUUCUAUUUUGCAGAUGAUGAACAGCUGCUGACAUGCAUUCAUUCAAACGAUCAAAUCAUCCUCCAUGAACAGAAAAGGAAGCAAAAACAGAAACAAAAAGGAAACUGGAAUUGGCUCUUCGAUUACUCUACAAUGGAGGAUCUCCCCGUCGUCGGCGCCCACUUCUCGCCGCCGCAGUCCGUCAGUUUCUCCUGGUCCAAUCCCUCCAUCAACUUUCCUUCUAAUAAACACAGCCUUGAGGUAGACUGCUCAUAUGAAGAUCUGGACAGCUUAAAGGAAGUAGGUCGGAAACGUCUAAAGGCUGAAACAAGUUCUGCAUCUACCUCCAAAGCCUGCAGAGAGAAACUGAGGAGAGAUAAGCUGAAUGAGAGGUUCUUGGAAUUAUCUGCUGUCCUGGAACCUGGAAAACUACCCAAAACAGACAAGGUUGUCAUCUUGAGUGAUGCUAUCAGAAUGGUGACUGAUUUACAAUGUGAAAUCGAGAAGCUGAAAGAAUCAGAGGAUGAUUUGAAGGAAAAAAUCAAAGAAUUAAAGGUUGAGAAAAAUGAACUUCGUGAUGAGAAGCAAAGAUUGAGAGCAGAGAAAGAAAAAUUGGAGCUGCAAAUCAAAGCAGUGAAUGCUCGAGCAGCAGCUGAUAUCCAACAUCCUCCCCCUACGUUGUCAGCUGCUUUUACAGCACAAGGGCAAGCUGCUGGUAACAAGUUGAUGCCUUUCAUUGGUUAUCCCGGCAUUGCCAUGUGGCAAUUCUUGCCGCCUGCAACCGUCGACACGUCUCAGGAUCAUGUUCUCCGCCCACCAGUUGCUUAAAAGGGAGGACAAAUGAUUUGGUUCGUUUAUUGUGCUGUUAUGAUUAACAAUGCCUUUACAUGUUUGUGUUUGAUUUGAAUUGUUCAAGAAACUCCUGGUGGUGUAAAAACUUUGUUUGAGGACUAAGCAGAUGUUGCAUUCCUAACUAUAUAUAAAUAAACCAAGUUUAUCAUGUGAUA